AUGCAUCGCAACGACAAAAACAGUCCCAUUCGGCAUGCACCUAUCGUGUGGUGGAGGAGCAGAUGCAUCCGGAUUCCAGCACCUCAUCAGGGACAAUAUCCAAUAAUGAACUCAUUCGCAAACGACGUCUUCCAAUGUUUUGCGGUCAAAACUAACCGACUGGCACACUACAACAAAUGCUCAACAGCUUGGUCGCGAGACCCUCAGACUCGCCAGAAGACAUGA